AUGGCGAGCUGGUGGAUGUCUGCAGACCCACUGGAUGGUCCGGACCUGGACGAGGACUCCAUCGUUUCUCGGGUCAUUCAGGCAGUCGGGUUGUUUGGAGAUAUUCUGUCCCUGGAGGACGCCAUGCUGUCCGAUGUCUAUAUGGAGGACGACACUAAGGGGACGGCAGCAGGUGAGGAGCAAAGUGUUGAAGACGCAGCUGACAAGGUCGAAGAUGAAGAAAUGCCAAGAAAUGAAGUGAUGAAGGAAGAAGAGGUGGGAGAGAAAGGAGGAGAGCAAGGGGUCGAGAAGAAAGAUGAACUGGCAGAAGCAAGAGAAGUGGAGGAAGAAGGGAUCAAACAGGUGGAGGAGGAGGAGGAGAGUAAAGGAAUGAUGGAAGGAAACACCAAAAACAAAGAUGAGGAAGAAGAAGAGGAAGAUAAGACAGCGAAAGGAAAGGAGGCUGAGGACGAGGAAGGGGAGGAAAAGGCCACUAGAAAGGAAGAAGUAAUAAAUAGAAAGGUAGAAAAUGGAGAAAGGAGGGAGCAAAAGAUUGAUGGACAAGAAGAAGAGAUGGAUGGAAAAGAAAAAGCAGAACAACAAAGAGUUGAUAGAAAAGAAGAAAUUCAGGCAAAGACACAAGAGGGACAACAGAUUGAUGCAAGAGAAGAAAAACUGGAGGGCAACGUAGAAAAGGAGGUAGAGAAAGAAGAAGAACAAAAGGUUGAUAGAAAAGAAGAUAUUCAAGAAUAUAAAUAUACGGAAGUAAAGAAACAAGAGGAACAACAGAUUGACAGAGAAAAAGAGUUUGAGGAAAAAAGAGAAAAGGGGGGAGAUAAAAAAGAAGAAAUGCAAAAGGUUAAUGGAAAAGAAGAAGAGAUGCAAGGAAAUAAAGAUACAGGGGUGAAGAAACGAGAGGAACAACAAGAGGAACAACAGAUUGAUGGAGAAGAAGAAAAUAUGGAGGCAAAAGGGGAAAAUAAAGUACUGUUAGAAGAAAAAGAGGAACAAAACAUUGGUGGACAAGAAGAAAACAUCAAGGAAAAAGAACAACAAAAUGUUGAUAGAAAGAAAGAAACUGAGGCAAAGAAACAAGAGGAACAAAAGAUUGAUGGAGAAGAAGAGAUGGAGCAUAAAGGGGAAGAGGAGGUAGAUAAAGAAGUAGAGAAACAAUAUGUUGGUAGAAAAGUGGAAGAGGAGGUGAAGGAUGGGGAAGAAGGAGAAACGGCGACCUCUGGAGGCAGAGAAGAAAAUGCAGAAAAACAAGAAGAAAAAGAGAGCAAAGAGGAGCCUAACGAGGAGCCUGCAAAUCAGCUCAAUCAGUUUGAUUCCCAAAAACCAUCCCCUCCAUCCCCUCUUUCAUCUCCAUCUGCUGCAUCCCUUCCAUCCCUUCCAUCCCCUCCAUCCCCUCUCUCAACACCAUCAGGUCCAUCCCCUCCAUCCCCUCCAUCGCCUGCAUUAGCUCCAUCCCCUCCAUCCCCUCUCUCAACUCCAUCAGGUCCAUCCCCUCCAUCCCCUCCAUCGCCUGCAUUAGCUCCAUCCCCUCUAUCCCCUCCAUCGCCUGCAUCCCCUUCGUCCCCUCCAUCCAUUCCAUCCCCUGCAUCCCUUCCAUCCAUUUCAUCCCCUGGAUCCCCUCCAUCCCCUGCAUCAGCUCCAUCCCCUGCAUCAGCUCCAUCCCCUCUAUCCCCUCUAUCCUCUCCAUCCCCUCCAUCCCUUCCAUCGCCUGCAUUAGCUCCAUCCCCUCUAUCCCCUCCAUCGCCUGCAUCCCCUUCGUCCCCUCCAUCCAUUCCAUCAUCUGCAUCCCCUCCAUCCCCUGCAUCAGCUUCAUCCCCUAUAUCCCCUCCAUCCCUUCCAUCCCCUUCGUCCCCUCCAUCCAUUCCAUCCCCUCCAUCCCCUGCAUCAGCUCCAUCCCCUCUAUCGCCUGCAUCCCCUUCAUCCCCUGCAUCCCUUCCAUCCCCUCCAUCAGCUGCAUCAGCUCCAUCCCUUCCAUCCCCUCCAUCAGCUCCAUCCCCUAUCUCCAUCCCCUCUAUCGCCUGCAUCCCCUUCAUCCCCUGCAUCCCUUCCAUCCCCUCCAUCAGCUCCAUCAGCUCCAUCAGCUCCAUCCCCUCCAUCCCCUCUCCCAGACUCUGA